AUGAAAGCCACAGUCGAAGUCACUCUCGCUUCAGAGGGCAUGAGCCAAAAGCAGCUUGAUGUUAUCUGGGAAAUGGGGGUUGCUUCUUUCCCAAUCAACAAUAGCAAACUCGUUCUUCCCGAAGUUGUGGUUUCUGCACUCAGCAAGGACAAUGUCGAGUAUCUCAAGUCUCGCUACAGCGGUCACUUCAACCAUGGUGCCUCAGCUGCAUGGCUUGAACCCAUGACAAAUGCUGUCCACAUCGCUCCUGCUCCCGCUGGAUACUCUGGAGAUUCUUUCCUUCGCAGCCAGUUAUAUCAGGGCAGCUCAAGCGAGCCUCUCAGUACGGAUGCAAGCCCCGAGGCUUCCGCAGAUCCUUCGCUUGAUGGCCCCGACCUCACUGAAGCAGUCCCAAUGCGACUUCCCGGCAAGAAGUCCAAGGUGCCACGCCCUCCGAAUGCCUUCAUCCUCUACCGUCAAUCCAACCAUCCUAUUCUCAAGGCUGAAAUGCCAGCUCUCACCAAUAACCAGAUCUCUGUGAUUCUUGGUAAACAAUGGAAAGCAGAAUCAGAAGAGGUGAAAGAUAGAUUCAGAGUCAUGGCUGAGCUUUUGAAGACAAAGCAUGCCGCUGAGAACCCAGGCUAUCAGUACGCACCACGAAAGCCAGGUGAGAAGAAACGACGCAUGACAGCUCGUAAAUCCGCUCAGCUUCAAUCCACAAAACAACAGAACACCUUGGAUGAAUCGCUCAAGGGUACUGCUCCUCAUUCUGAUCUUUCUGCUACAGCAUACCUUGGCUCUGAGCGGGCUACCUUUCCGUCUUAUCUUGAGUCUGGAGAAUAUGGACACUUGUCUCUCGUUAUGCCGACUGGUCACAGCAAUGUCCAAGCUGAUUACGAUACUGCCAUGAGCUCACGUCUUGACUUAAGCCUGAACAUUGAUUUCACCGAGGCAGUCAACUCAGACAUGAUCCAGGGAGGAAGAACCAUCACCUCGCUCAACGCCCAACAGUUCACCACCGACCUCAUUGAUUGGGAUGGAAUCUUCGAUGAUGUGCGAAUCAUUCGUGCCAGUACCAACCGAACUUCAGCAGAAAUCAUUGGCACUGGCCUCGAUCCUCAACUCAUGGCACUGGAAAGUGACUUACAGUGCUUCGAAUUCCAAGACGAGUUUAAUGAGCUCCUCUCAAUGCUGGAUUGA